AUGGAAGUACUGGACCUUACUGGAGAGAGAGAGAUGUACACGGUGGAGAAGGCGCAGGAGAUUGCUGCGUUGAUUCGUGAAAAUGCCAAGACUCUGAAGAAGGCGAUUCUGAAGACGAAGACGUACAACGCGGACGUUGCCAGAAUCAUCGCAACGGCCCUGGCGGAGGCGAAGGCACUUGAGUAUCUGGAUCUUUCUGACGUGCUUUCCGGACUUUCCUUCGAUGAUGCUCAGCUUACUUGCGAGGUGUUUGCCGAAUGUUUGAAAGACUUGGAGCUGAAGUAUCUGGACCUCAGCGACAAUGCUCUCGGACCGAAGGGUGUUUUGUCGUGCAAGCAGUUGAUCUCCGGCAAGAAGAAUUUGGAGGUGGUUCUGUUCAACAACGACGGAAUGUCCGUGGACUCCUGCAAGAACCUUCUGGACAUUGUCAGCGAGACGUCUCCCAUGAACAUUAAACGCAUCGAGUUCUACAACAACAUGAGUGGCGACGCUGGCGCGAAGCACAUCAGCGAACUGCUCACCCUGCUCCCCCACAUCGAAUCCUUCCGCUGGUCCUCGACGCGAACGAACGAAGAAGGCGCCCUCGCUCUCUGCGAGUCGCUCAGCCACUGCCCCGCCCUCCGCCGCCUAGAGAUCAAGGACAACUACUUCGGGGAGGACUGUGGCGAGGCGCUGAGCCGCGCGAUCGAGCAAAUGCCGCAUUUAGAAGAACUGGUUCUGGUCGAUUUGAGCCUCGGCGAUGAAGGAUUGCUGCCGGUGCUGCGCGUGCUGGGAGAACGCGAGGCGAGUCUGCGGGUGCUGGAUGUGGGGUACAACGACCUCACGGAGGAGUCGGUGCAGGCGAUCCGCGAGCUGAUGGAGAAGGACGAGCCGCUGGCGAAGCUGGAAGUGCUCGGACUGGACGAGAAUUUCCUGGGAUCGCGGUGUGUCUGCGGGUUGAUGAAGACGCUGGACGCGCACUGCCCUCUGCUGCGCGAGCUGCGAUUGAAGGGGAAUGAGAUCGGGCCGGUGGCCGCGGGAAUGGUGGUGAAAGUUGAGGAAGGAGAAGAUGGAGGUGCUGGACUUGGACAAGAACGAGAUCUCGGCGGAGGCGGUGGAGAGCAUUCGGAAGGAAUUGGAGGAGAAGGGGAAGAGCUCCAUGCUGGGAAGUUUGGAGAACAACGAUGAUUCGUACACAUCGGAAGACCCGGAGGAGUUAAAGGAGUUUUUGU